AUGAGCAUCGCGUCGUCAUCACCGCAUGUCAUGGACAUGGCGACGAUAGACGACGCUGCAGCUGACGACGCAUACACAGCCGUCGAUGUCUGGAGCGAUGGCUUGCUCUCAGAAUCCGAGAGCCUCGGCCGGACGAUCGGUUUGCCGCCUGAUACCGACGACGGCAGGAGCGAGUGCGAUACGCACUGCCUGCUGUUCGGCCGCAGCUGCUCCCGCUAUCGGCGCCGGCUCUGGUUCUUCUCCGCUCUCUCGCCGGCUCUGCCUGGGGAUGACCGCAACGCUUCAGGCAGCGUCUGCCAGUUGCCGCCGCACUGCAAGUCGUGGCGCGGCGGUGAUGCGCGGAGUCGGCGCGAGAUUCCGCCGCAUGGCGCCGAUAGAAAGAGGGCAAGGCGGAGGUUGGAGGAAGCAGGGGGGAAGAUGGACGAGGAGGCGGAGGAAGCGGAAGAGGAGGGGGAGGAGAGGGAAAGGGGGGGAAAUGGAGAGGAGAGUGAUGGGAGGGAGACGCGGGUCAAACGGUGGAUGCGAGGGCCCGUGGGGCUGUAUGUCAGCGUGAUGGUGCUGCUCUUCCUCGCGCUAUUCAUCACCGCCUUCACCGCGUGCGGCCUCGUCGCCUGGUACCUCUCCCCCGCCGCCUCCGCGCCUCCGUGCGCCUCUCCCCCCUCCUCCUCCCCCUCUUCCUCCCCCUCCUCCUCCUACUCCGCCUCCGCCUCCGCAUCCGCCCCCCCCGCCAGCCCCCCCGACGCCUCCUUGCGCGAGCACCUGUUAAUCUCCCUGCAGAACGCGACAGUGGCGGCGCUUCUGCCGCCGCUGAACGCGCUGAACGGCAUGGCGGUGCUGCUCGCGCCCACUGCGCGCGACAUGGGGGGAAAGGCGGUGGCGAGGGGGAGAAGGGGCCGGGCGCGGGCGCUAGCACGGCUCAUGCGCAAGGUCGUCCCGCACAUGUAUCCUGCGUUUCUGGGAGCACCGUCACUGUCGGCCGUGGUGCUUCAGACAUACAACCGCUCUGUACCCACUCAGUUCGUGGGUUACUACCGUAACUGGACCGCUGACUCACUGCUAACCCAUUCCCCGCACUCGUCAUUUUCCUCUGAUAGCCUUCCGUACCGUACACGUGCGUCGCCCCCACUCUUCCCACCAUCCACUGACGUAGCAGCACCUCCUGACAAUACGCCUGGUGAUUCACCUGGUAACUCACCUGGUAACUCACCUGUUAACACGCCUGGCAACUCGCCUGGUAGCAACACAGGAACACCUGACAAUAUCACCGCUGGGAGCAACGCAUCUUCUUUGCCUCUCCCGUCUCUCCCUCUCCUCUCCGCCUCAUCGCUCUUCUUUGGACUCACCCCAUCAGUCGCCACUGCCACUGCCAGCACCACCACUGCCAUCACCACCCUCUCCGCCUUCCUCUCCCCCAUCAACCCCUACGACGGCCUCCCCAUCACCUCCCCACCCCCCGCUCCCACUGCCUUACCCCCGCUGCUGGCCCCCCACUCCCUCCGCACCUCUGUUCCGCCAAUCCCCUCCCCCGUCUGGCUACUUGCGCCCAACGCCUCCCCCUCUCUCCUCGUCGCCUCGCUGCUCCCCUUGGAGGCGUCCGCGUCCGCGCAACCUCCAGGGGCGUCCGCGGAGCCCUGGGCGGACGGUUACCUCGUGGCGUCAUCGCGCCUCUCCUACCAGCAAGAAUCCCCUGCGCCAGCUGAUUCAGCAGCAGCAUCACCUGCAGCAGAGGCAGCAGCGAGCAGCAGCGAUCCCCUGGUCCGCAACACCGCCCUCCUGCUCGCACAGCGAUGGGGGUGGGGUACCCAAUCGCAGAAGCAGCAACAGCAGCAAGGGCAGGGGGUAGCACAGACGCAGGCGCAGGCGCAGGGGCAGGGGCAGCAGCAGGAGGUGGCGCCAGUGCAUGAAGCAGCAGUGGUGUUGAAGGACUGGGUUGGGGGACAGGAAGGGCAGCAGGGGCAGCAGGGGCAGGAAGGUGGGGGAGCGGGGCAGGAAGCAGCAGCAAUAGGGGCGGUGGAGGACCGAGUCAUGUCUCUGGACGCCGUCCCUUUCAACGCCUCCUCAGGCCUCUCUCUCGUCGCCGUGCUGCUGCUGCCACUACCUUCCUCCUCUUCCUCCUCCCCAUCCUCUGUCUCUCACUUACUCAACUCCUCCUCUCCACCGCCCACCUCCUCCCCUUCCUCAUCCUCCUCCUCCCCCCCUGGCCUGUCCCAUGCCACAUCCAUCACCAUCCUCUCUAUCUCCCUCACCGCGCUCGCAUGCCUCCUCCUCUCCUCCCUCCUCCUCUGCUCCCUCCUCCCGCUACCCAUCUCCCUUGCUUUCCUGGGCUGCCUCCUGGCUGAUGGACAUCCUGCAGUGCCAUGUUGCGCACGCCAAUGCCACGAGCUGCGCACGCCGAUCGCGGGCAUCAUAGGGCUGAUGGACAUCCUGCAGUGCGACGACAACCAGUUUCGCCACGAGCUGCGCACACCGAUGGCGGGCAUCAUAGGGCUGAUGGACAUUCUGCAGUGCGACGACAACCUGACGGCGGACCAGCUGGACAUUGUCGCUCAGAUCCACCGCUGCGCCAUGGCGCUGCUCGGCAUCCUCAACAACAUCCUCGACCUCAGCAAGGUGGAGGCGGGGAAGUUGGAGCUAGCAGAGGAGCGGUUCAACCCGGCGCGGGAGCUGGAGGGCCUGGUGGACCUCUUUGCCAUGCAGUGCGCCUCCUCUGGCCUCGACAUUGCUCUCGACCUCGACGACGACCUGUCAACAGAAGUGAUCGGCGACGCGCCGCGAUUCCGGCAGAUAUUCGCCAACCUGCUGUCCAACGCUAUCAAGUUCACCCCUCAGGGAUGGAUCACCAUCCGCGGCUACACUCAGCAGCUCGGCGCCUACCGCUCUGCCGCUGAUUUAAUCCCCACUCCGCGCGCAUUCACGCAGCCUGAGGCGCCGCCUGAGUUUGGGUUUGACGCGGUGGGAGGCGGUGGUGGGGUGUGGCGGAAGGGCGGGGAGGGCAAGGUGCCUGCGUGCAGGUCAAUGGGUGCUGUGAGCGAGAGGAACGGUGGGAAGGGGUGGGGAGGGGUGGAGGAGGCGGAGGAGGAGGAGAGGGGAGGAGGGGCGGUGGGGUCGGAGAAAGUGGUGCUGCAUUUUGAAGUGGAAGACUCGGGUGUUGGUGCGUGUGGGCUGGGGUUGGCUGGUUGCUCCCCAAUUCCCUUCCGCUGUCUCCCCCUUCUUCCUUCCCAUAUCUCCCCUUAUAACCCCACCUCUCUCCCCUCUUCCAACCGUGCAUCGCGCCACCCUGCUCCGUGCAGCCACGGUGGCUCGGGCAUCGGGCUGAGCAUAGUAAAAGGCUUUGUGGAGCGAAUGGGCGGGUUCAUAGCCGUGGUUCCCAAGGACUCCCCCGGCACGCGCUUCGCCUUCCACCUCUGCUUCCAACGCCCCCCACCCGCCUCCCCUCAACUCCCCUCCUCCCCCCACGGCCUCUCCGGAAACCCGUUUCUCCCGAACGAGCAGUCGUUGUCGUUUCCCACCUCCCCGCCCACGCACUCGCUCAAUCCCACUCCUGCCUUUGACCCUCUCUCCGCCUCGCCGCCUCACGCCCACGCAUCGACCGCUGCACCAUCACAGUCGCCCCCACGAGUUGCAGCAGCAGCAGCAGCAGCAGCAGCAGCAGCACCACCGACGGCACGCCGUGGCUUCCCCUCACGGGCGUCCAGGCGGGCGUGUCUGGCCCCGCCGCCGGAGCUGCGAGGGGUGCGCGUGCUGCUGUGUGUGGAGGACGCAGUAGACGUGGCCGUGGUGGAGCGGUGGCUGGCACGGCACCGCGUGCGGUCGGGGAGAACAGAGAGCACCAAGGAGCUGCUCGUGGCGGUUAGAGACUGGGCGGCCAAGGCGAGUCUUAGGCACAAGCAGCAGCGGCAGCAGCCGUGGGCGCAGGGGCAGGGGCAGCAGCAGAGGUUGCAGUCUCAGGGGUCGAACCCGUUUGUGGAUACAAACGAUGGGUGCGAUCAGGUCGAGUCUGUGGCUGCUUGGAGUGCUGCUGCUGUUGCCACCGGUUCUGGUGCUGGUUCUACUGCCAAUGGUGGAGGGGAGGACGAACCUUGGCAGAAAGGGCUGGAGCAGCAGCAGGGGGGGGAUCAGGAGGAGGGGUUAGACGAGGAUGCAGAGGAGCGGCUGCUUGUGCUGUUAGAGAUUGAGAAGCUGCCAGGCAUGGCGCAGACGCCUCCCGACGUGCCCAAGGUGCGUGCCUUCCUCACAAAGCUGCGCUCCUUCCAACCCAGUGGCGUCGUCUUUGCCUGGGUCCUCACUCCCGCCGCCGCCCCCUCCCUCCGCUCCACCCUCCGCGGAUUCUCCGUCGUGAAGCCGCUUCAUCCGGGGAAGCUGCAGCGCGUGUUAGGGCUUAUGGUGCGGGGGUCGUCUGAGGGGGAUUCUGAGGGAGGGAUGGGUGUUGGGGACGGUGGGGAUGGGUUGGGGGGAGCGGGGAUGGCUGUGGAUGGGUCGGGGAUUCCGGUGCUGCGGCAGGAGUUGCUGGUGGCGCAGGGCACGGGGGUGCACCUGGCAGUGGAGGCGGCGCGUGCGGAGAAACUAGAGGCGGUGUGGGAGGAGCUGCAGCGCACGCACAGCACAGCGAGUACUGCCACUAACAGCAUUGCGAACAGCGGCCCGCUCGCCCAACCACCUACUGCUGCUGGUAUGGGUGGCACUGCAGCCAGUGCAGGUGCUGCUGGUGCGGGUACUGGUGGUGGUGGCGCUGGUGGGGGUGCUGCUGCUGGUGCUGGCGCUGCUGCAAGUGGUGGUAUGCAUGGUGCAUCAUCAACGUUCUCCCUGGCAGGCUCUGCAUCCAGCAACCAGGGUCCCACCAGCCACGCCAGCCACACCAGCCACGCCAGCCACGCCAGUCACAUGAGUCACAGCAGCAGCAUAACCAGCAGCACGCUCUCCCUCUCCCGCCGCAACAGCUCCGCGUCCUUCGGGUCCGGCCAGCUGGAGAUGCUGCUUGCCAGCGGCAUAGACCUCGCCCACGACCUCCCUCCCCGGCCCCACUGGCCCCCAGGCGCAGGGACCGGGCUGCGAGGCAGCGGGGGCAGCGUAGGAACCGGAGGAGCCGGAGGAACCGGAGGGAGUGGGUUGCAGCGAGGGGCGUCGUCUGUGGCAGCGCUCAUGUCCGGUGGGCUCAUGGAUGCCUCCCCCCGUCGGACUAGCUCCAUGUCGUCUCGCUCGCCGCCACGGGUCUCUCCUCCUCGCACGUUGAUGCCCAUCCCGCGCCUGUCCUCUACUCCGCAUGUUCCGCCGCUGCCUGCUGCGCGCGCGGGUCAUUUCGCCCCCGUGCCGUCUGGAGGGGGGUAUCCCCCGCCCGCCCGCCGCCUCAUGACUGCUCUCUCCACUCCGCUUGACUUUGCUGCUGCUCUUGGCCUUGCCGUCCCUCCCGCCCCUUCUGCUGCUGGUGCUGCUGGUGGUAUGGGCAUGGGUGCCCCUGCUGCUGCCGGUGGUGCUGGCUCUGCUGCUGGUGGUGGUGGUGCUGCUGCUGCUAUUGCAGCUGCCUUCCCUGCCCCCACCUCCCUCCCCCUCUCCCUUCUCCCCCCGAUCCCUCACUCUGCUACCUCCACCACCCCAUUCACCACUGCUGCCAACAGCAGCGGCAACAGUAUGGGCAUGGGCAUGGGGAUGGGUCUGGCUCCGCGCAGCUGGUCGGAAGAUACGCCGUAUUCGGACGGAUCCUCCUCUGCUGCUCUCUCUUCCUCCACAGCACGCUGCCCGCCCACCUCCCUCACUCGCACCAUGUCCAGUGCUGCAGCUAUCAGAGCCCAGCUCGGCGCCACCCUCGCUGCUGCCACAGCCACCCGCGAAGCCGCUGCUGCUGCUGCCGCUGCCGCCGCCGCAGCAGCAGCAGGAGGAGGAGGGGGUGGUGUGGGAGGAGGAGGAGGUGGUGUGGGAGGAGGAGGUGGAGGGGGGUUUCCGGAGAGUAGAGCGAGGGGGUUGGGGCCGAGUGCGAGUAUGAGCAGGGAGGGCAGUGGAAACAUGCUUCGCCCGGCGACCCACGCUGGGCUAUCAGGGCGGCCGCCGUUGGGGAGGCUACCAGCUCCUGGGUUGAGUCCACUGGGGCAGCGCAUCAGUGCCUCAUUCAAUGUGCGUAUGGUGGCUGCUGGUGUCAGUGCUGCUGUUGAAGCUGUUAAUGCAAGCGGCUCCAGGAAUCCCGGCGGCGGCGGUGGUGGUGGUGGUGGUGGUGGUGGUGGUGGUGGUGGUGGUGGUGGUGGUGGUGGUGGUGGUGGUGGUGGUGGUGGUGGUGGUGGUGGUGGUGGUGGUGGUGGUGGUGGUGGUGGUGGUGGUGGUGGUGGUGGUGGUGGUGGUGGUGGUGGUGGUGGUGGUGGUGGUGGUGGUGGUGGUGGUGGUGGUGGUGGUGGUGGUGGUGGUGGUGGUGGUGGUGGUGGUGGUGGUGGUGGUGGUGGUGGUGGUGGUGGUGGUGGUGGUGGUGGUGGUGGUGGUGGUGGUGGUGGUGGUGGUGGUGGUGGUGGUGGUGGUGGUGGUGGUGGUGGUGGUGGUGGUGGUGGUGUUGUUGGUGGUGCUGGUGGUGCUGGUGGUGGUUCUGGUGGGUUUGGUGUGGUGGGUGGUGCGAGAGCCGGAGAAGUAGCAGCGGGUACUGGCGUGAGUGGUGGUGGUGGCGGCGGCGGUGGUGGUGGUGGUGGUGCUGCUGCUGUGACAGCUCCUGCUGUAAAGUAUUUGAGUGCUGCUGAUCUGGCUAAUUCUGAUGAUGACGAUGAUGAUGAUGAUGAUGAUGAUGAUGAUGAUGCUGGUGCUGCUGGUGCUGCCGGGCGCAUGGGGAUGCUGCAGCGAGCAGAGGGCUCAGCAAGGGAUGCAGCACGGGGGGUGAGCGAAGUCAUGGUGGAAAUCAGCCAGUCUAAGGGCAGGGCGGAGGCAAGAGGGGAGAACAAGGAGAGAGGCGGCGGCAGCGAGGGAGAGAGAGCGGAAAGAGCAAACGAGGUGGUAAGGCCGUCAGUGCGAGACGCUGUGAGGCAUUUUGAGGAAGCGGUGAGGACGACUGCCGGCAGCAGCAGCAUCAGCAGCGGCGGCAGCAGCUCCUUUGGUGCUGCGAACACAGGCAGUGCCCGCAGGCCCAGCAGCAGCAGCGGCGGCAUUGGUGCUGGCAGUGGGAGGAUUGGCAGCGGCAGGGGGAGUGUGGGGGGUUUGUCGGCAAGGGGUGAAGAGAUGGGCAGUGCGCGAGGGGGUGAUAGGGAAUCUGUGGGCAUGGCAGAGGGGGGAAUGAGGAGACCGAGGACGAGUGAAGGAUGGGGGGAAAGAAGCCGAGUGGAGGUAGAGGAAGGGGGGGCACCGUGGAUCGAAGGAGGUGAGAGAGGAUUGAGAAAGGUACUGAGGGGUUCUGCAGAUGGGCUGGACGCAGAGAGGGGAGAGAUGGAGGAUGGUGAGAUGCGGCACGGGGAUAUGGGGGCCGAAAUUUUGGAGGUGGGUCGGGCAGGUGGCAUGGAGGGGGAAUCGCGGCGGGAGUUUGAGCACGAAGUGAGAUUCGACUCUCGUGCUCUGAUGCAGAGUGGCCCCCGCACGCUGCAGCGGCAGCAACUGCCAGGGUUCAGGGAAGGGCUGGGAGGACGGGUAGGGGGAGGGGGAGGGGGAGGGGGAAGCAGGAUUGGAGGGAGUUUCAGUGAGAGGAGAACUGGUGGAGGAAGCUUCAGGGAACGAGCGGGGGUUGGAACAGUGGGAGGGAGCUUCAGGGAAAGAGUAAGAGUUGGGGGGAGCUUCAAGGAGGGGGAAGGACAGGAAGGAAGCUUCAGGAAGCGAGUAGAAAUCGGUGGGAGUUUCAGGGAGAGAGCCAUGAGGAGUUUCAGAGAGAGAACGGCAAGCUUUAGAGAAAGAGAGGCAAGAUUAAGAGAAAGAGAGGAGGGCAGGAGCAGCGGCAGGGAAGACGGGGAAGGGGAAACGGUGCGAAUGAGCAGUGCCGAGUGCGUGGGGAGCAGCGGUUAUUAUGAGCAUGAUUCAGUCGCCAAGGAUAGCAGCAGGCGCUUCAGUCCCUUGGGUGGGAGUGGGAGUGAUGUGCGCAGCAGCAAUGACGCAGUUGAUGCAACAGCUGAUGGUGCAGUUGAUGGUUCUGCUGCUGCUGCUGCUGCUGCUGCACUGGAUGAUCUUGCUGCUGCGGCCGCCGCUGCUGCAUUUGGUCCUGCUGAUGAUGAUGAUCCCAUACCAGGACUAUUCUCUGACAGUAAUGGUGUAAAUAAUGUGACGAGACGACUGUCUUUUGAGAGGAGUCCGAGGCCAUUGCUGCGAGUGGGAGCAGCAGAGGAAGCAGGGGGGGUUGGUGGGGCGAUAGGAGCGGGUGAGGAGGGAUUGGUGAGUUUAGAACGGCUUCCAGAGCUGACUGCUGCUGCUGCUGCCGCAGCUGAGACUGUAGGGAAGGGGAAGAAGGUGCGUAAGGUGGUGAAGGGAGCAGCGGUUAGUGGCAAGGGAUUGACAGGGAGGGUGAAGGGGGUGAAAGGGGGGAAGAAGGGGAAGGAUGAUGAUGCUGGAAAGGAGGUAGAGAAGGUUAAGGGGAGAACUGUGGGGAAACCAAAGGGCAAGGGAUUGGGGAAGGGGGUGGGGAAAAGAGCAGCAGUAGGAGAUGAAUGUGGGGAGGGGGUGGGCGGAGUGAGUGGGUGCAAAGUGGUCAAGAAGGGUGCAGGUGUUUUGAAGAGAGUGGGGAGCAAAGGGGGUGGGAAGAAAGGCAGGGAGGGCGGAGGAGGUGAGGCUGAUGGGGAGGGUUCAGCUGGUGAGGGCGUGACCUGGACGGGCAAGUCUGAGGGCAAG